AUGGAUUCUCAAUCUACCGGUAGUAGCGUUAAUUCUACAUCGACGACUACAAAAACUAAGGAUAACGAUCUCCAUCCUUUGUGGAAAUAUGUGAUUAAACUUGGUAAAGCGGGGGAAGGUGCCGGUGGUAAUUGUAGAUGGUUGUGUACUUUCUGUAAUGAAGAAAAAGUAGGGAGCUACACUAGAGUUAGGGCUCACCUAUUCCAAAUAAGUAAUAAAGGGAUUACUUCUUGCAAAAAAGUGAGUAGAGAAAGUAUCGCCGAAAUGAAAAAAUUAGAAGAAGCGGCGACACAAAUAGCCAUGAAUUCACAACCUAAAAAUGUGUCUUUGCCUACUACCGGAAAUACAACCAUGAGUUCGUUGUCUGGUGGUACAAGUGAACAAAAUACUUUUAAUGUUUUGAAAAGGCAAAAAGCCGGCGAUCGUGAUAAUCCUAUUGCUAAAGCUUUUGAUGCUAAUGUUAGGAAUCAAUUGGAUGCAGAGAUUGCCAGAAUGUUUUAUACUGCAGGUUUGCCUUUUAAUUUUGCAAGGAAUCCUUAUUAUGUUAGUGCUUUUUUAUUUGCUUGUAACCACUCGAUACCUGGUUAUCUUCCUCCUGGUUAUAACAAAUUGAGAACCACAUUGCUCGAACAAGAAAAAACGCAUGUCGAGAGAUUGUUAGAGCCGAUCAAGAGCACAUGGUCAGAGAAAGGGGUUACCAUCGUGAGUGAUGGUUGGAGUGACCCACAAAGAAGGCCGUUGAUUAAUGUUAUGGUUGUUUCUGACUGUGGGCCGAUGUUUAUCAAGGCUGUUGAUUGUUCUGGUGAAGUAAAAGAUAAAAAUUUUAUCGCGAGUUUACUGAAAAAAACUAUCGAUGAGGUGGGGCAUCAAAAAGUGGUCCAAAUCAUCACUGACAAUGCGAGCAAUUGUAAGGCUGCUGGUGAACUCAUUGAAGGUUGGUAUCCUCAUAUUUUUUGGACUCCUUGUGUUGUUCACACUCUGAAUCUAGCUUUGAAGAAUAUUUGUUCGGCUAAAAAUGUGGAAUCCAAUCUAGAGACAUAUGAUUUGUGUAGUUGGAUCACCAUUGUUCAUGAGGAUGCUGUGCAAGUCAAAAAUUUUAUCAUGAAUCAUGCGAUGAUAUUGCCUAUGUACAAACGAUUUGCCCAUUUAAAAUUGCUUUCAGUUGCCGACACUCGAUUUGCGUCUAUUGUUGUCAUGCUUAAAAGAUUUAUGCUUAUCAAACGUGCUUUACAGCUAUUAGUGACGUGUAACCAAUGGACAUCAUACCGAGAAGAUAAUCAAAGCAAAGCAAAAUUUGUCAGGGACACAGUGUUGAGUGAAGAGUGGUGGGAAAAAGUUUCAUAUAUUCUAGCCUUCACUGAACCUAUAUAUGAGAUGAUUAGAGUUUGUGACACGGAUAAGCCAUGCCUUCAUUUGGUUUAUGAGAUGUGGGAUGCUAUGAUUGAAAAGGUGAAGAAAGUUAUUUAUGACCAUGAAAAAAAAUCGAUGUAUGGAUUUUCUGCUUUCUUUGAUGUGAUCCAACAAAUUCUAGUUGACCGAUGGGCAAAAAACAAUACUCCUCUUCAUUGUUUGGCUCACUCUCUAAACCCAAAGUAUUACAGUGAAAAAUGGCUUUUAGAGGGACAAGGUAGAUUGGCUCCUCAUAUGGAUGGGGAAGUUUCAUCCGAAAGAAUCAAAUGUUUUAGAAGAUUUUUUCCAGGUAUAGAGGAGCGUACGAAUGCAAUUGAUGAAUUUGCAAAUUUCUCUCUCAAGACUGGGCCAUUUGGAGAUCCGGAUUCGAUUGUAAGUAGAUAUGAUGUCGAGCCUAGGAAAUGGUGGGCAUGUUAUGGUUCGAGUGCUCCUUUACUUCAAAAGUUGGCUUUCAAAGUGCUUGGACAACCUAGUUCUUCAUCUUGUUCCGAGAGGAAUUGGAGUACUUAUUCCUUCUUUCAUUCAUUUAGAAGGAAUAAGUUAAAUCCUAAACGUGCGGAGGAUUUGGUCUUCAUUCAUACCAAUCUUCGUCUUUUGUCUAGAAGUAGUGUUCAAUACUAUGAUGAUAAGACAAAAAUGUGGGAUGUGGGUGGAGAUGAUUUUGGCAAUAUAGAAGAUGAAGAAGUUCUUGAUAUUGCUCAAGGAGUUCUGGAUAUUGCUCAACUUUCAUUGGAUGAACCCGAAUUGGAGGGUGUAAUUUUUGCCGAAGACGUGGAGACUUGA